AUGGAAAUUUGGAAUGCCGUGCAACCGUGCUUGCCCGCUUCCAUCAUCCGAACACUCGCUGGUAAAACCAUCACGACUAGCGACGAGUUAAAACAAGCAAUAACCGCGACAUAUGGAAGCCAUUCCAACAUCUUCCAACGAUUAGAAGAAUUUUUCUCCAAGAGAAAGAGCUACAAAACCAGCUUCCCUCAAUACCAAUCUGAGCUUGAAGCAUCGCUCACCUCUAUCGCUACUAUUCAUAAGGAGUGGUUGAGGCGUCGAGCUUCACUUUCACGAAAUGGUAGCGAGGAGCAAAAGGUUUUCGCUCCUUCUUACGAUGAUUGCCUAGAAUUAAUAAAUUUCCUGAAGAUCCUGACUGAAGUGCGCACACAAGACGAGUCCCUCUUCAGAGCGAUCUCAAUCGAACUCACCUCAAUUACCUCCCCUGCCCAGUUGGCGACACGUGCUGAGCAAAUUCGACAGCAAGUUCAUUCCAACAGCGGAUUCAAUGCAGCUCACCGCGGUAGUCCUCGAGAUAGUCCUCGAAACAGCCGUCCCGGCAGCAGCGACCGCAGAAAGAAGAACAAAAACGCAGAUAAGGGCGACAAAGACGACAAAAACGCCAACAAUUCCAAAAAGCGUGGCGAUAAAGACAAAAAAUCAAAUGGCAGCCGCAGAAGCCACGUCGGCUCCAAGCCAUCGAAAUCCCAGCAGCAGUAUGGCGCCCACUACUCAAGCUGCAACCAAGAAAUUCCCUCCGACGAAGAGGACGGAAGCUACCAGCUCCGAGACCCUACUCAAGUAGAAGAUGAAUACUUCUCUGACGCAUCCGAGGCUUCUGCGUACUCCGAUGCUACGUCAAAAAACUAA